ACCAAAGGGGGCUGACUACACCAUACAGCGACUUUUGCUCGGAACUCAUACCCCGCCUAACGAGCAAAACUAUCUAGAAGUUGCCUCGGUACAACUACCCAGAGAUAGCAGCCUCUACGAUUCACGCAUUCAUGACGGCGAGAAGGAUGUCUCGGCCAACGUCUAUUUAUCGAUCACAAAUGGCUAUGGUUUUGGCGAGGGAGAAAAUCGUAUUAAUUUGGUUAAAAGCAUACCGCACAGUGGAGAAGUCAAUCGUGCGCGAUAUAUGCCACAGAAUCAUGACAUAAUAGCAACAAAGUCUAUUGAUGGCGAUGUUUACAUAUUCGAUCUUACACAACCUUCACCCGAGCCUAGUGAAAAUAUUAGUUGUACGCCAUUCUUAAAACUAAAAGGCCAUUCGGAAGAAGGGUUUGGUCUGUCAUGGAAUCAAUACAGACAAGGUCAUGUACUCGACACUUCCAUAGACACGACAAUAGGCUAUUGGGACAUAUCUGGAAAUACUGCGAAACCAGCAUUGGAUUCUGCCACGGAAAUAAAUACACUUCACGUAUUCAAAGGCCAUGAAUCAGCUGUUGAG